AUGGAGGAGGCAGGCACCGCUGCCAUGGCGAAGCUCAGAGCCCAGUGUCUGGAGAGAGGAGCUGCAGGAAUUAAGGGUCUUGCCAGGCGUCUUCGCACCCUGGCAGAUGAAAAGACCCAGUCGUUGGGCCUGGAGGAAUUCCUGAAGGGCCUGCAGGAGGCUGGUGUCUCUCUGGAGCCAGAGGAAGCCCAGCAGAUUUUCAGCGUCUGUGACAAGAGCCAGAGCGGCACGCUGGACUUCACAGAGUUCCUGGAGGCCCUGCGGCCUCCCAUGUCCAAAGCCCGGAAGGAGGUCAUCGGUGAGGCUUUCCAGAAGUUGGACAAGACGGGGGAUGGCGUGGUGACCGUUGAGGACCUCCGGGGGGUCUACCAAAGCCAGGCCCACCCCAAGUUCAAGAGCGGCGAGUGGACCGAGGAGCAGGUCUUCCGCUCCUUCCUGGACAGCUUCGAUUUGGACAAGGACGGGGAGGUCACAGCCGAAGAGUUCCUGAACUAUUACGGGGGCAUCGGCGCCUCCAUCAAGAGCGACGAAUACUUUGUGGAGAUGCUGAAGGCAGCCUGGAAGCUUUAA